AGAUCUACCGUUUCCCCGCACGCACGCAUCACCUAGAGCAACCUCAAGCACCUUAUUUUCUUAGGUUUUCUUCUACCGAUUUCUUCAAUUUCUUCCUUGCUGAUUUUCCUAGCUCCACCGCUGUUCCGCCACUUCCGCCGUUGCAGUUAGGAUUCCCGUUUUUCUUCCCGUCGUCAUUCUUUCCCUUGACAUCCGCCUUGCUAUUUCAACACCACUUUCCUUGGAACGAGAUGGGCGGUCCUCACACCGUCCUAGCAUCGCUGCAUCCUCAUUAGGCAUAGGAAUAGGACAGUAGGGCAGUGGCGAACCACCCUAACAAUAUGUGCACCCAGACAUCGAUGCCUACCGAUGGCCUCCGUGCUAAACUGGAAGUGCAUCCCUCCAGAUUCUUCUCCUCCUUAUUCCGCUCCAGAUUCAUCCCAAGGAAGAGAGAUGCUCUUGGGAUCUUCUUCACUUGGAACACUGCUGCAAGGGACCGGUCAAUGCUUCUUCAACUGUGACUGGCUCGGAGGGCAGGUUGUAUGCCUUCCUCCUCUCCUUGGAGACAAGUGCAGUUGCCGACAUGGUGAGUAGAAGGUGAGUAUGAACAUCCUUCCAUGGUGUCAUGAGGAUUUGGGCAUACCGGGGAGUGGGUUUCUUUACCCGUUUCCCUCUGCCCAAUUCUUCUUUCCUCUUUUCAGCUCCACCCAUUUGGGCUACAGCUCCAUUGUUUAGCCCUUGCUCCACUGAGUCUUCAUCAAGUUCCCGUCCGAUGAGAAUAGCGCCUUCCUCAAGUAGGCCUUCAAUUUCUGCUGCUGCCUUGUCAUUGCUUUUUGAAUUGAUCAGCUUCCACGGGUUGGUGUGGUCCGAGCUUGUAGCCUCGUCCACUUCUUCCUCUCCAUCAUGCCCAUGCUGAUUUUCUGCUUCAUCUUGGUCAGCACUCUCUCCAUGGAUCCCACCAGUUCUUUCCUUUUCCUGGUUGCGCUCCCUUUCAUCCUUUGGUUCCUUGGGUGGUGCUGGCUGCUCCGGGACCUCCCACACCCAAUCCACCCCUACAGUUGGGUAGUCGUCGUAGUCUUCAUCUUCAGUGUAAUCAUUUGCUGCCCCAAUUCCUUCCUUGUCAUUCACAUCCAUCAUCUCCUCAACCGGAGAUGGUGCUGCUGCCGUUGGUUCCUUUGUUGCUCUUUUGUUCUCAGCUGCAGCCCCCGUCUUCCUUCCCUUCCACUCCAAGUAGGUGUCAAACUCGUAGAAGGUGACAUCUCUGGUUGCUGUCACCUUGCCUGUCUCCACAUCCCUUAUAAUCCAACCUUUGCUCUCUGGGCAGAUUCCCAAGUAGAUUCCCCACUUGGUUCGAGGUAGGAGCUUGUGGUCGGGUCCCGCCGGCUCCCGGUACUGCACCAUGCAGCCCCAUACACCGUGCCCCAGCCUUCGGUGCAGCAGGUUGACGUCCACUGGUGUCACCGUUGCUGCCUUGGGAGGAGCUUGCUGCUGGAGUUCUUUGAUGGGCGUCUUUUCCAGCAUGGUGAAUGAGGUUUGUGCUGCUGCUGUCCACCCCUGUAGUUCUUGCUUGAAGGGUUGGAGUAGCAGUAGAUUGCCUACAGAAGCGGUACUACGACACGACUGCCAUACCACCAACACUUGGUGAUCUUCACACGUGGACCAGAUGCGGGUAACAGCAUGCACGGAUCGGACAACAUAGCCACUCAUGUGCACGUUACAGCACACUGUUCCAACCAUUCACAUCUCCAACUGCAACUUGCACCUGCCCAUAUAUCACUGACGGUGAUACACACCAUCCUUCCUUUACUGUGGACGGAGCCUGCUCAUUCCGUAGCAACAGACAGUUCUUGCUACAGUCCAACCUGCUUACAAUUCCAUCGCCAUGUUAUCCGCAUACCAUCCGUAGACAGACGGCCAGACUGAGCGUCUUAACCAAAUUGUGGAGCAACUACUCCGCGCAGCCUGCAAGGACGAAAUCUUCAAGUGGGACUUGCAUCUGCCCGUCCUAGAGUUGCCUACAACAAUGCUACGCACGCCGCUACUCAACAGACGCCGUUCUUCCUCUGUUACGAACGCCACCCGAUCACAGCACAACAGCCAACCAUACCAGCCACAGUCCAACCCGCUCAUGAUUUCAUCACGACCAUGCACAAACUUUGGGAUCGGACCCACAAGCGCCUUCUCGACAUUUAGCAACAACCAAAGCGCCACGCCGAUCGCCACGCACAGACCACAUAAUCACCGUGGGAGACCGAGUACUGCUCGACACGCGCAAUCUUGAUAUCGGCCAUCUCCCAUCCAAACUGCGACCUCGCUUCUGCGGGCCUUUUCUCGUUGAAGCACAGCUCACUCCUGUCAACUUUUGCUUCCGCCAACCAGCCACUUGGAAGAUCCAUAACGCCUUUCAUACCAGCUUCUUAAACCCUAUCAAGACCAAACACGCUCUACACCAAAUGCCAACCACCGUCAUCGCCCGUAUUCAUCCACGCCAUGGGACAACUACGUACUUGGACACCGUCAUCGUCAGACUGGCACUCUGGAGCUUCUUCUUUGCUGGAAGGGUUAUGAUACUUCUGAGGCUUCGUCCCUGAACUCGACAUGGGGAACGCCCGUCGUCCUCUUCGCGACUACCUUGUCAAGCAGGGUGUUACUUCUACCACCCAGCUUUGAGGGGGGAAAGUGUGAGAGUACGACCCCGUUACACUAAUUUCCCCUUUCCAUAUUUCCUUUCUCUUUCAUUCCUCUUUUUAUCCUGAUUCAUUUGGUCUUUACCUCAUCUCAUUUGGUUUCCUAUUCCUCCUUUUCCAUCAUCCUUUGGUUUAUCCUGUUAUUAUAAUUAUAUCACCGACCAGGCUCGGGAUGUACUGGCGCGCUAUAUCUAGCGUAAUCCUGCAGUAAUCCCUUAUAGCCAAUAGCCUCGCGUGGCUAUACGCAGGGUGAUUCUAUUUCUAGAAGGGUCUAUUUCCUUUGGAUAGGAUAAACUUGGUUACCUGAUUUACUAUGGAAGUAUAAAAGCACCUUGUACUG